UGCGCGUGCCCAGUGCGACCGCCAAGAUGGUGGUGGGCGCGUUCCCUAUGGCGAAGCUGCUAUACCUGGGCAUCCGGCAGGUCAGCAAGCCGCUUGCCAACCGCAUUAAGGAGGCCGCCCGCCGAAGCGAGUUCUUCAAGACCUAUAUCUGUCUCCCGCCGGCUCAGCUGUACCACUGGGCGGAGAUGCGGACCAAGAUGCGCAUCAUGGGCUUCCGGGGCACAGUCAUCAAGCCGCUGAACGAGGACGCGGCCGCCGAGCUGGGCGCCGAGCUGCUGGGCGAGGCCACCAUCUUCGUCGUGGGCGGCGGCUGCCUGGUGCUGGAGUACUGGCGCCACCAGACGCACCAGCGUCACAAGGAGGAGGAGCAGCGCGCCGCCUGGGACGCGAUGCGGGACGAGGUGGGCCGCCUGGCGCUGGUGCUGGAGGCGCUGCAGGUGCAGAUGCAGGCGGCGCCGGCGCCCAGCGCCCUGGAGGAGCUGCAGGCGCAGAUGCGAGAGGUGCGCGCCCAGCUCUGCGCCCGGGACCCGCAGCCCGCGUCCCCGGCGGUAUCCGCGGCCAAGGUACAGGAGUCUGCUCAAGUCUGAACUUGUCGGUGGUUGUGUGUGCCCCGGUGUGGCCUUCUCCCCGUACCACCCCCGCCUGCGCUGGCCCCGCGGAAGCCACCGGGAUCUUGAUGGCACUUGGAUUCAGUUAGCCUCUCCCGACCCGCCGUACCUUCCGCGGGGGCCAGCCCCCAGCCGGUGAAGCGGUCCCACGAAGCGCCCUCCAGCCCUAGCUCCUCGGUACAGACCACAGUGCUCAGCGCUCCACCCCAACCCCAAACCGCACGGACCUGAGCCGUCCCAGCCAGGAAGACAACAGGCUCGCUCUUCUGGCAGGAGGAAAAACGGACUGGACUUGAGCUGAAUCAAGCUGUGACCCCACUCCGCCCCCCAUUUUGGUGAUAAAUGUUACCCUGCCCUGGGACUCAUCCUUUUCCCUGGAACCUCCCCCGCACCCUUUGCUUUGUGAAUCGGCACAGACCAUUGUAAAGAAAUGCAGUGUGGUUCAGUGCUCUUCUGUCCCGGCAUCUAAGGGGGGCUCUAGCUGGGUUUCGCCACUCUCUUUGAGAGGAAAACAAGGGGCAUCCUGGCUUGCUCUUGAUCCACUGAAUGCUUUAUCUUCCCCCUUAACCUGAUCUGUGGCACCCUACGAGACCCCAAGUGGAAUAUUCCAACAGAUCCCCACCCCCCAGUCCUUCAGUCUGGCACAACCUACCGGGAUGUCUGUGCAGGGUCCUCUCUGGCAGUGCCCUCCCAUCACCCCCUCUGUGGUGGAAAAAUGGAUCCUGCCUAAGGCUAAAUCCAACCUGCCCUUCAGCCUCGUCCCCCUGUUUAGCUGUCCUCCAAGUCCCUGAGCCUUUCCUGACGUGUCCUCUUCCGUGGCCUCUCUUAGCACACUGCCAUCACAUUCCUCAUGUUCCAUCCAAAUCUGCUGACCUGUGUACCCUUGCCCUUCUCUCCUGGGGCUCUGGACCGGUCCAACCGUCCCCCUUCACGCAGUGGUACCCUCGUGCCUCCAGAGCCCUUGGCCCAACCUCCAUCCCACUAGACGAGGCCACCAGUUGGUCUUAACCGUUCUUAGUUUCCUAGGGCUACCAUAACAUGACCACAAACUUGAUGGCUUAAAACCAGAGAAAACUGUUCUCUCGCAGUUCUGGAGGCCACAGAUCUAAAAUCAAAGACUCAGUAGGGCCAUGCUCCAUCCGAGGGCCCUGGGGGAAGAUCCUUCCUUGCCUCUUCUAACUUCUGGUGACUUCAGGCAUUCCUUGCCUUGAGGCCCUGUGGCUGCAGAUCUCUA